AUGUGGCGUGCGUGUCGUGUUGCUGCUCUCCGCCAGCUGCGCAGAGAAGCUGCUAGAGUACCUGUUGCCCGUGCACCGCUUGCGCUGCAGCAGCUGGGUGGUGUCAACUCCUACUUCACCAAUAUCGCCGGCGUGGACCGUGAGGUGCUACUCACUCGCUCGGCGCGCGACCUACGCAAUGAGCUUGGAGACGCGCAGAUCGGCGUGGUAGUGAAGGCACUUAAGGGCGAGCUCGCCGAUGCCACAGCGCGCGAGGACGUGACCAGUGACGAGAUCGUCGACUUGUUCAUGGCGGCGCAGAAGACGCGCGCCAUCUCUGUCAUGCUGGACGCCUUCAACUUUCUUGAUGCCAAUUAUCCGGCACACAUCAACUUUGCAGUGUACGGCGAGAUAUUCCGCAUCCUAACGCGCAAGAACAACGCCAAGCGCCUCAUUGAGAUCUACGAGACGGCCAAGCCGCGCUUCAAGGCGGUGCCUGAGAUUAUCUACCGCUUCGGCAUUGUCGGAUAUUUGCAGAACGGCGACAUGGACACAUCCAUCGAUAUUUGGCAGGAAAUGACCGAUGCUGGUCACGAGACGACCAACGAGAUCACGUCGAGGCUCAUGAUGGCGUAUGCUCGCAAGGGUGAUGCUGAAAAAGUAAUGGAGCUGUACGAGUCGGUGGACCCGCAGAUCGGCUACUGGCACGAGUCGUGUAUUGACCGGAUUAUCCUCAGCAUGGGUAUCAUCGAGCACCCUGCCAAGGCUUUCGAGUUCUACAGCAACUCGAGCAUGAAGCUGAGCGGCGGCACGUUGAUUGCUCUUCUGAGCGUGUGCAACAGCAACAACUGCAAGCAGCAGGCGUCGGAUAUCCUGGCGAAUCGUAAGAAGUUCGAUCUGCUCUUGGAUGCUCGUGGCUACAACCGCAUUAUGAUGACGCUGGAAUUCCUCGAGCGCAACGACGAGAUCAAGGAAAUUUUGGAGGAAAUGGUCGAGAACAACGUGCGUUUUGACACCCGAACGAACAACAUUAUCGAGCGCAACGCUGAAUACCUCAAGGAUACCACCUUUGUCGCUGAUCCCAACAAGAGCAAAGCUGCAGGCUUCACUCUAAGCCCACGAAUUCGCGAGAUGCUUGCUCAGGGUAACACAAAGGCAGCGGCGGAGUUGGUGGAUUCCAUUGCGAAACCCGUGGAAAAGUCGCAAUUGCCUGAAGAUUUUGAAGGUGAAAUUCCUGACGACGCGUUGAUUGUGAGUCCUUCUGUGGCGAGAGAUGCUGUGCGAGUGUACAUCAAGACGAACCAGCACGACAAGGUGGCUGCUUUGGUCAAGGGUUUCUCCGUGGUGCGCGGCAAGUACGCCUACGCUCUGGCUGAAAAGUUCGAUCUGCUCUUGGAUGCUCGUGGCUACAACCGCAUUAUGAUGACGCUGGAAUUCCUCGAGCGCAACGACGAGAUCAAGGAAAUUUUGGAGGAAAUGGUCGAGAACAACGUGCGUUUUGACACCCGAACGAACAACAUUAUCGAGCGCAACGCUGAAUACCUCAAGGAUACCACCUUUGUCGCUGAUCCCAACAAGAGCAAAGCUGCAGGCUUCACUCUAAGCCCACGAAUUCGCGAGAUGCUUGCUCAGGGUAACACAAAGGCAGCGGCGGAGUUGGUGGAUUCCAUUGCGAAACCCGUGGAAAAGUCGCAAUUGCCUGAAGAUUUUGAAGGUGAAAUUCCUGACGACGCGUUGAUUGUGAGUCCUUCUGUGGCGAGAGACGCUGUGCGAGUGUACAUCAAGACGAACCAGCACGACAAGGUGGCUGCUUUGGUCAAGGGUUUCUCCGUGGUGCGCGGCAAGUACGCCUACGCUCUGGCUGAAGUGAUCACUCAUUACCUGAAGCUGAGAAACAAGACGGGAGACGAGCUCAGUUAUGCUGCUAGUAAGGCGAUGCUCUUCCAAGGUGUUCAGAUCUACCGCGUAGACGACACACUAAAGCUUUUCCGUCGCUUCCAUGAUCCCGACGCUGCUGUGGAGCUAUUCGAACAAGUGCUAGCUUCGUAUUGGGGAAAGGAUGGGAGAAAUGUGGACAUGUCUGUGGCAAAUGCAGAUGAAGAUGUGGGUGAGUACCAGCCCAAGCCAUAUUUUGUGAAUUUCAACAUUGGCAAGGUGAUCAACUUGGUCCUGCAAACACUGGUCGAGAAUGGCCAGGUGGAGAAAGCUCUGGAUACGUUGAACAUGAUGGAGAGCCGCGACCUGGAUGCAAAUCAAGGCAACUACGUCACAAUUCUCAGCUCAAUGCGCAAACACCUGCGGAACAACAACGCGAACCGAAAGGUGAAAUACGACAUUAACAAUGUUCAGAUGGUGCUUCAAGACCUCAGGAGCCGUAACGUGAAGGUGAACAGAGCUGUAGUGGGCUUCCUGUGUCCUGCCUACGUUGGAGCUAACAAGCAGCAGCGACUGGAAUUACUGGAGGCUUUUGCCGAAGCUCAGAACGACCCCAACGAUAGCUACAUCUUGCCACACCUGUGCUAUGAAACACUGCUGAACUUUAUGGCUGAAGAAGGUAACAUCUCGGAGGUUCGAGAGCUCUAUGAGGAAGCCGUGGCUUCUUUGAACGAGAAGGAAACGCGUGGCGUCCCGCGAGGCUGGGUGACUAUUCGUAUCUCGAAGCUUGCCAAGGAGGGCAACAUUGAAGAAGCCGAGCAGAUCACGAUGCAGAUGCCCGAGGAGUGUGGUGGCUACACGUUUAGAGCUGUGGUAUCAGUGCUGCGUGGAGCUAUUGAAGCUCAGAAGCUGGAAACCGUCGACAACAUGAUUGCGCUGCUGGAAGACCGUGACUUUGUUGUCGGGUUGGCAGAUGCUUACGAGCUGGUGCACUUGGCCCGAGAGAAGGACCUCUCGCUCAAGGUUUUGGACAUCAUUCGUCUCUUUGAAAAGGGUAACUUGAAGGAAGUGGCUCCUGCUGAGGAAGGCAAAGGGAACCUGGAAGCGGCCUUCGUCAGGCGUCAACACGGUGACGUUCACGCUCUCCGGAAAGUGAAGACGAUGUACACUGUGGCUUUAAAAUUGUGCGAGAAGAACGGCCUCUGGAAGCAGGCGCUGAUCCUGCGUGACCGAAUGAUCACGCUGUUCGGACAGGAGGCCAUGGACGAGAUCAGCUCGGGUCAGAGUAAUUCGACGAGGAAACAUCGCGAGCGCAAGGACAAGCAGUCGGACGACGAGGAGUAGAUUGUCACCAAUAGAUCAGGCAGACCAGUUUUUGGGCUUCUCGCUCUGGACGACAUCGAGUUGAGCAUUCCGAAGAUGUCAAAUAGAGCCAUGGAGCUAGUGACCACUGAAUAGACAGUUAGCUAGAAGGCAAUAACAACGAUAAAAAGCUUCAUGAACAGAAACUAAC